AUGACUUCUCAAUCCUAUGACCUGAUCGUAGUCGGCUCCGGCUUUGCGGGCUGCAUGACCGCGCUGAACUUCCUGGAGACAUGCGAGCGCCUGAACAAGCCCGGGAGAGUUGCUCUUGUUGAAGCAGGCAAGAAGGGCGAACGUUGUGGUGCAUCUCGCUGGACGGGUGCUUUUCUCCGCUUGGAUCAGGACUACAACUUCGACGAAGACUGGAUCCAGGAAAUGACCCAUGUUAGCAACGGGCAGGCGGAUUUGGAAUACUGUCGCAAGUUGGGCCGCGAGGCGAAGGCCUCUGUCGAGUUUGUCGAGAACCACGGGGUCAAAUUUGUGAAGCAUGAGGAGAAGAAUGUCCUCCUCGAAUUCAAAACGAAUCAGUACUUUGUCAUGCCUGAGGGCGGCGGCUGGGCAAUCAUCCAAGCCCUAAUUAAACACAUCGAACGCUUCGACAACUGCGAUAUCCACUGGGAGACCGAGGGUCGGACUCUUCUAACAGACCACCAAGGUCGCAUCAACGGCCUGCGUGCUCGGCGCUUGUCUACAGGUCUCCUAGAGAGUCUCUACGCCCCCGAUGUGAUGCUCGCCAGCGGUGGCUUCGAAGGCAACCGCGAGAUGCUGGCCAAGUACGUCGGUCCUAAGACACACGAGCUACACCUCAUCGCCCCCGGUCUCAAGUACAACCAGGGCCAGGGACUCAACAUGGCGCUGGAAGUCGGCGCCGACACGGCCGGGUCGUUUAGUGGCACCCACAGUGAGCUAGUUGACACGCGGGCGACGAAGCCCGACGCCGUGAUCUGGGGGCACAACUACGGAAUUGUGGUGAAUGGUGACUGUGAACGGUUCUAUGAUGAGGGUAAACGUCACCUGUUUGCUACCUUCGAAAUGAUUGCCUUGGAACUGUGGCGCGACCACAACAACAAGGGUUUCUUCAUAACAGACGCUAUAACCAUGGAUCGAUUCCGCCCCGGCUGGGUCUAUGAAUCUACAGACCAAGAGCCUAUCAAGGCUAAUACGGUCGCAGAGCUAGCAGAAAAACUCGGCGUCGAGGAAGCUAAACUAUCCAAGACAAUCACCGAGUACAAUUCCGCCUGCAAUGAUAAGCCGCUGGAUCUCAUGAAGCUGGAUCAGAAGGCUACGACUGGGCUCAAGGUCAACAAGUCCAACUGGGCGAAUCCUCUGAACAAUCCUCCGUUCUAUGCGUUCCCAGUCACCGCUCAGCUUACCUUUACUUACGGUGGUGUGAAGGUGAACACGGACUCGCAGGUCUUGAUGCCCAAUGGGGGCCCUAUACCGGGACUUUGGGCUACUGGUGAACUCACUGGUCUUUUCUAUAAUGAAUAUCCUCCAGCUACGUCGGUCUUGAGGUCGCUGACGUUCGGUCGACUGGCCGGCACUGCUAUUGCUAACAAGCUAUAG